AUGUGGUUCUUUGGAAGUUUUCUUUAUGUUUGUAUCCUCCUAAUUAACGCCGUCGCUGUCCUUUCCGAAGAUCGUUUCCUCGCGCGCAUCAACCUCUCUCCUGCUUCAUACGACCCCGCGUUCGGCGCAGGCCCUGAUGCCAGCGUCAAGGCCAAGGUCAUUAAUCUCAUCGCAAGCGUUCGAACUAUCAUGAGGAUGCCACUUAUUUUUGUCAAUUCUGUCAUCAUCCUGUACGAGUUGAUACUUGGUUGA